AGCCAUUAAGCACCUAGGUCCUUCACGAAUUUAGAGAGAACUUCCCAAUUGAACUCCAGUUCAGUGGAGUUAUUCCAAAGGAUCGAAAGGAUCACCCCAUCGUUAUCAUCAAUUAGGUCGCAAUCAGCAGCUGCUGCUACUGUUGCUGCUAGAAUUGCAAUUGAAGACUUGAAUUUUAAAUUAGUGAAAUUUGAAUGAAGGGAUAUGGAGGGGUUUGGUGGUAGCGGUGGUAGUAGAAAUAGGAGAAUUACGAUGGCUAGCAGCACGGGUAGAGGUGGGAGUAGACCUCCACCGCUAUGCGGUGGUCGGAGGAGAGUUGUUGCUACAAAGAAGCGUGGCUGGAGCAACCCGCUGUCGGUCAACAACACCGUCAAAAAGCUUCAAAGACGCGAGAUUUCUUCCAAACCCAAUCGUGCCUCUGCAAUCACCAAAUCUCUCCACCGUUUUCGCAACUUCCGCUUGACGGAGAGAUACGAUAUCCAUGAUCCCGUGGGCCAAUGUUCAUUAGUAUUACCAUUGUUGAUGAAAAGAGCAAAAGUCAUUGAAAUAGUUGUGGUGCAUGAUAUUGUCUUUGCUCUUGCAAGUUCUGGUGUUUGUGCAGCUUUUAGUAGAGAUACAAACAAGAGGAUAUGUUUCUUGAAUAUCUAUCCAGAUGAAGUCAUCCGGAGCUUGUUUUAUAACAAAAAUAAUGAUUCAUUGAUUACAGUGUCUGUAUAUGCUUCCAAUAACUUCAGUUCACUAAAAUGCAGAUCAAUAAGAAUAGAAUACAUACAAAGAGGGAAACCUGAUGAAGGGUUUCCCCUUUUCGAAACCGAAUCUUUAAAGUGGCCUGGAUUUGUGGAGUUUGAUGAUGUAAAUGAAAAGGUUCUUACCUACUCUGCACAAGAUAGCAUAUACAAGGUGUUUGACUUGAAGAACUACACACUCUUAUACUCGAUAGCCGAUAAACAUGUGGAAGAAAUCAAAAUCAGCCCUGGAAUCAUGUUACUAAUUUUCAGUCGGGGUCAAAGCCAUGUUCCUUUGAAGAUCUUAUCCAUAGAAGAUGGAACGGUUUUAAAAGACUUCAAUCAUUUACUUCAUCGAAACAAGAAAGUGGAUUUUAUCGAACAAUUCAAUGAAAAGCUUCUUGUUAAACAAGACAAUGAGAAUCUUCAAAUUCUUGAUGUGAGGAAUGCUGAGGUGAAAGAGGUUGGAAGCACAGAGUUUAUGACUCCAUCUGCAUUUAUAUUUCUAUAUGAGAAUCAGCUGUUUCUAACCUUUAGAAAUCAAACGGUUUCUGUGUGGAACUUUAGAGGGGAACUUGUUACAUCAUUUGAAGACCAUGUCUUAUCACAUCCAGACUGCAACACUAACAACAUCUAUAUAACUAGUGAUCAAGAUCUCAUUGUUUCUUUCUGCAAGGCGGCUGAUAACCAGCAAUUCACGGAUCGAAGAGCUGGUUCGAUUAAUAUAAGCAACAUAUGGACUGGAAAAUGCAUAGCAAAAAUAAACUCAAGCAAUGCAAUUUCAUCAAAGGAAGAAGAAGAGGGAAGCGCAAGUUCAAGGUCAAGGCAAAUUGAAGUGAAUAUGGUGGAAGAGGCACUUGAGGACAUAACUGCCCUUUACUUUGAUGAAGAUCGCAAUGAAAUCUAUACUGGAAAUAGUAAUGGUUUGGUUCAUGUUUGGUCUAACUAAUAUAAAUAAUAAUAAUAAUAGGCCGUGUUGAGUUGUGUUGUGUUGUGGAGAGUAAUUACAUAUGUUGG